GACCGGCCAAAGCUCAACCGCAGAAGACCACAGAGUCGGAAGGCCCGUGUACUUGCAGCUGCCCAGACAGGCAUCAGUUUUGGAGAGGGAGCAUCAACUACUGUUCCAGAUUCUGCAGGGACUAAAAACUUAAACAUUGCAGAUAAACCCCAAACUAAUCCCAUGGACACUUCAAAUGGUGUCGUUGCUGGACCACCGCUUGUGAAUCAUCUCGGCAAUUCAAAGACUUUGUCUUCUAAUCUGAAAUCUGCUGAUUUAUUUGGGAAUGAUGAUUUGUUAGAUGACUUUACUCUAGCCCCAGAUCCACCUUCAGCCGUGGACGAAAGAAAAACAUUCAGUGAUGAACUAUUCAAGAAAGACUUGUUUCAUGGAAACAGCAAGAUAUCCAAUGGAGCUGCUGAAGAUCUGUUUUCAGGCUUCAGUAAACAAGAAGACAUUCCACCAACUAGAUCUAAGACUACAACAGUAGAAAAAACCCCAACAAACCAGAAUGAUGAAAUAGAUGGUUUAUUUUCAAAAGCGUCAGGAAAAACACAAACAGAUUCUUUGUCUGCAUUCCUGGGCAAUAAUGGGGACAUGCAUCCCACGGCUUCACUGAGAAAAACAUCCAUAGAAAAAGUUAAUGAUGAUGUUGAUGAUUUAUUUACACCUUCAGCAAAAAGUUCAACUACAAAAUCCAACCUGGCCUCGGAGAUUCUCAAGGAAGAUGAUCUGUUUUCUACACCAAAGUCAAAGCCAUCGUUAUCUAAGGCUAGCUCUGGAGUAGUUUCUAAAUCUGCUGACAUUUUUGGGGACAUUGAUGAUGUUUUUGGUGCUUCCAGUUUGGGCAAACAGAAAGACACAAGCGGCUUCAAUCCUCAAAAGGAUGGAACAACUGGGAGCAAAAAACUGGAGGAUGCCAACAAUGUCCGGCCAAAACCACCGACCACCAAAGAGGCGACUCUCCUGGCAGAUGACACUGAUAUUUUUAGUGAUAUACCAAAACCCACACCCAGAGAGCUAAAGAAGAAAACCGGCAAGAAAGUGGUCGAGAAGAAUGUUUUCCGAGAUGACAUUGAUGAUAUUUUUGCCAAUACAACAGCUGCAACCAUCAAACCUAAGAAAGAUGUCCGGAAAAAGUUAGCCAAGCCAACAGCUGUUAUCUCAGACAACAUUUUCGAUGACCCACUCAGCUGA